GAUUCACUUCGAUCAUUUCCGAUGGCUGCGAUAAAGAAGCUGGCCGUAGUAAGGCGCCAUAAAAGAGUGUGCCGCUUUUGCUCUAUACGGGUCCCACCAUACCGCGCUGUCCACAUCUUCUCGGCGAAGAACGGCAAGAGCGCAGCAGGCGAAACGAACCGAACGGUCGCGGAUGAUAUAGCCGAGUUUGCGGAUGUUACGAUUAGCAAAGAGGGUGACGAGCGCACCAAGUAUAUAUGCACCGGUUGUGUGAAUGUGCUCGGAGCGGGGCUUCAGCUGCGCCGCGAAAUCCGUAUCAGCGAGAAGGCCGAUGAAACCGUGCUACAAUCCGUCGAGGGCCAGGAAGACUCUCCCAAAUGGGAUCACAACUAUGGCACGCUAGAGUACUUGCAGGAGUACGAGGACGAAAUCAAAGGCAGCAUCGAGGUGGUUGAACGAUCCGACGGUAUGCUUGUGGAAGGUGUCCCGAAUGGCGAUGAAAUCCAGGCGAAAAGCACCACCACGGUCAAUGACGACGGUACUGUGGAGGAAACUAGCCCAAACUGUAUCGAUUGUGACGAGUCGCUACAGGAGAUCGAUGAUGAGUCGCUACAGGAUGACAUUUCCACGGAGCAACUGCUGGAGCAGGAACACGAUAUGAUUCCGUACAGUUUUUCGGAGAUUGGCAAGUUUGCAUUUGUUAAGCCGCCCGCCGAUCUGAUCUGUAACAGUAUGACGUUCAAAGACUUUGAGUAUCUUGCGAUCGAUGGCGAACGAUGCUGCGGUUGCUCGUUCAUCGCGCAUACGCGAGACGAACUGAUGGUGCACGCGGCGCAGGUACACUCGCAGAACUACUACCCAGACAGUAGCUACACCUGCCCCACGUGCUAUCAAAAGUUCCCAACGGAAGAAGAGCUAUCGAAGCAUUCGCUCUACUACUUGACCAACGAUGUGUUCCUGUGCAACCUGUGCCAGUAUGCGUUCAACUUCAAGAGUCAUCUUACGUUGCACCUGAAGCAGGAACACCAAGAGCAGAAGCAGCAAAUGGGGAUCAAGAGGAAGAGCCCGAAAUCGCCCAAGCCAGAAGCGAAGCGGUCCAUGGCACUGAAGAAGAUUUACAAAGUUCCGGAGGAACGCUUCCUAAAGGAAGUGAUCGAUCAUCCGCAUUACCGGGAGUACCAUCUCAAGGGGGAACGAUGCUGUGCGUGCGAUAUCCUACAGGAAUCACUGUACGAUCACGCGAACGAAAAGCAUCGGCAGCUUGAGAACAUGCUCGAAAGUGUGGAGGGCGUAACGAAGUGUGCCGUAUGCCAGCGAACGUUUGCCUCCGAGUGUGAGCUGAUAGUGCAUGAGGAGCAGCGCCGAUUAUUGAAUCAGGUGUAUGAGUGUAGAACGUGUGGCCGAACGUUCGGUAAACGGAUCGUGAUCAUAAAGCACCUGCAGCAUCAUAAACAACUUGUGCAGACCAACAGCCUAAAUGUGGCUAAUGAUGAUAAGGAUGAUGAUGAUGAUGAUGAAGCAAAGCGAUCUUCGCCAGCAAAUGCAACGACAGAUCCCUUGGGAGAGAGCGCGGAUGAAGACACAGCGAUACGGCCGCAGCCUGCGGAAAAGGAUGAUGCCUCUGAGAACCGGAAGACAGCUGGAUUGCAGUGUUUUCCGUGCUGCUUCAAUCGGUGCCAUCAAACGUAUCCUUCCGAGAAGGAACUGUUGGAGCACGUUAACGAGAAGCAUGCCGGACGCCUGAAGGAGAAUGAAAUGACCCGUGCGAAGAACCGACCGAACGCAGCACCGACCCUUGUGUGUCCCAUUUGUCAACGGUGGUUCGAAUCGGAGGAAAAGCUAACCGCCCAUCGGACGUACAAGUUGCGCGUCGAGAGACUUUCCUGUCGUCACUGUGAUCGUCAGUUCAUGAGGGCGCAGGCACUAUCAGAGCACCAGUUGCGCGAACAUUUUAAUAUUACCUCUCGGUUUACCUGCACGACCUGUGGCAAAGAGUACCAGAAUCGUCAUUCACUGAGCCAGCACAUGCGCACGCAUCAGCCAUUCAGUAACACGCCUUGUGAGGCCGAGGGUUGCGAAAUGGUGUUCCGUGAUGAGCGUCUAAUGCGUCGCCACUAUCGUAACGUGCACACCGAGUACACACCGUACGCGUGUGAAGACUGCGACCGGCAGUUCCGCACGAAGGAAGCGUUCGUACUGCACCGAAGAACCCACACUGGUGAACGGCCGUUCCACUGCCGGUUCGAGGGUUGCAAUCGCACCUUUAGCCACGCUACCGACCGCCGGCGGCAUGAGCGAUCGGCACAUACGGGUGAGCGACCGCACAAGUGUACCGAGUGCGAAACAGCAUUUCUACGAGCCCGAGAGCUGCGCAUUCAUCAGGAGCGUACUCACAAGCUGGUUUGUGUUGUUUACGCUCUCUGUAUGGUCAGGAAAAUUUCAAGAAAAUUGAUUUUCUUCUCCGAAAACAUCAUGAAGCGUGCUCCGAAACGCCGGGAAAUGGCCAUUACGGACCAGCGAA